GUCGUCUGUAGUCGGUAGCCAAACUUAACAGGUGGACGGAUACUCGCGAUAUUCGGUACUCGCAGGUAUCCACGGGGAGUGACUUCUCGCCGAACAGUGAGCAAAAAUACACUUGAACGCAGUAAUUAAACGAACGUUAACUGAGCGAGACCUGCGCGUCGGCGAAUUCCAAUUUUCAUUUAAGAAAAGGUUUUAAAUUUUAUCUACUAAAUUGCUAAAUUGCUAAAUUAGUUCAAUAUUUAAUCUAUCUCGAAACGAACAAAAACAAUUGCACGUAUGGAGAGCAAAGUUUUAUGUUAAAAUAGUUUUGCUUUUAUCGAAAGAAGAAAUUUUUAACUCUUUUGUGCAUUGAUCGGAACGAAUUUUCAGUUCGGCCUGACCAAAGAUACAACGCGCGUCUCUCUAAUUAUUUUUGGAUUUUGGAUUUAGUGCGUCAAUCAGAAUUUUUUUUUGAAUUCCUACAUAAAUUGGUUAAAAUAAUAAAUAUUAAGAAAGUGCAAAGCAAAAAUAUUAUAUCAACAUGAACAGCGCUUACGGAUAUAACCGCCCGGGCACUAUAAAAAACUACAGCUGUUUACGCAGAAUAGCAUUAUGGGCUGGCGUUUUGGGUGCGAUACAAUCUAUUGUCUGGAUAGCUUUGACAAUAACUGGAAUUGUAUCCUACAGCUGUCAUAUAACUGCUCCCGCUAUGUCUACUACUUAUGCGACCUUAAUUCCAACAGUAUUCAUCCAGCUUUACUUCAGAAGUAGCGAUUGUAGUCCAGUAGACUUUCCGGGAUAUGAUCAUACGAUGUUGUUCAGUGUGGGCAAAGUGUUUGACGCAGAAGAUAUUUUAAUAUGGAACUGUGUGUACUUAGGACUUGCCGCUUGCUGGCUUAUAUCGUCGGUAUUGUUAAUAACAAAUUUAAAGAAAGAUAACAUUAAGCACACGCUUUUCGUAUUGUACACUUGGGUUCUCAUAACUCUGGGCAUUUGUUUAAUGGAUUUAGCAUUGGGUAUUAUAUUCGGAAUUGAUUACGAUAAGUUCUAUAGUGCCGCUACUGAAUAUGAUGUGGACGUUAUGAAUGGCCAAACUGUGAACCCCAUGGCUGCGCAGCUUAUAGCUGGCAUGGUUGUUUCCAUAUCUUUGAUGAUCAUAUCGUUCAAGGGUUUCGUACUUUGGAUUAUUAAUGUUGGUUUGAUGACGUAUCUGCUCAUGCGUGCUGCAUGCAUUGUCAGAGAUAAGGACGGAAAUGAUACCUUAUUCAAUCCCCGAAAGGAGUCUGAUGACAUCUUAGCGACACGAACAACUAUAAACGCUUAUGAGGAAAAAACUCCAGCUCCAGUACCUUACACCAAUGAGGCAUUUAUACCUGAUAACGUAUCAUCAGUAACAUUGGAACUGAAUCAGGAACCAUUGACACGAGCAGCACGCAUGUCAGUUGAUGUUUCGUUACAAGAGCGCCGCUUCAGAAAUAUUGACUCAUUCCAACAGUUCCCACCGCCAAGAAGUAAUAACAGACCCGAGUCAAUACAUGAGAGCGCUGUGGUUACUGAAACAGUAACCGCUUUCCCAGCACCUGAUUACUCACCACCAAUGUCUCGAUCCAAUGGAAUGCUACGCAAUCAAAGAUAUCAGUAGAAAAGCAAAUUAAUUGCAUGCUUUGUUAUUAUUUUUUUUUUUUUUGUUAAAUUUUAUAUAUAACAAUAUUUGUUUGUUUAUUUUAUUAAUUUAUUAAUGUGCUAUUAUAUACACGUGUGUAUGCAUCCAAUAUGUACUCUUGCCAUAUGAAUUAAAU